UUUUGAAUAAUUUUGAAGAGAUGGCCUUUGGUAAGCUUCCAACAAGUACUGGGUUUUCAAAGACAUGCCAUCUCUUUAAUCUCCUUUAUCUAGCAUGGAUGUUGCAUGAUAGAUAUGACUAUAGUGAUAAGGAUUCGCCACUAAAUAUGAGAAGUGAAGCAAUUCAAAAUCUUUAUAAGGCGUGGCUUAAUUAUAUGUUAACAAAAUAUCAACAUCCCCUACGGUCAAGGUGGCAAUAUGAAUUAAUUACGGCAGAACAGUACCUUGAGAGACGUGAAAUUCAUGUUAAAUUUGUUUCGUAG